UAUAUAAUGGAAGCAACCGACGCUCGUUAAUAGGCAAUCAAAUCUGAUCCUUUCGUAACUAUACCAGUAGGUACCAUGGCACUACCUCAACCUCCUACUGCUCUUCCCCAAUACUUGCAAGAAAGUGAACUCAGCCAAGAAACCAGAGACAUGAUAUCCACUCUACCUAGAGAAAAAGGUUGGGUUGCAAAUCAUCUCCAUCAAUACCAAGGCUUUUGGCACUCAAGUAGGCAGAUGCAAGGAGUCUUGGCGUGCCAGAAACACUUCCAAGCCCAAGAUUCUGAUAUUCUUCUUGUUACUACUCCCAAAUCAGGUACCACUUGGCUCAAGGCAAUUUUGUUUUCCCUAGUUAAACGAGGAGAGCACUAUCAUCCAGACCCUCAACACCACCCUUUGCUCACAAAAAACCCUCAUGUUCUUGUUCCCUUCUUGGAGCUCAAUCUGUACCUUGAGAAACCGGUGCCUGACCUCAUGACCUCCUAUGCGCCUCCUCGGCUCUUUUCAACUCACUUACCACUUGUGUCUCUACCGGAAUCAGUCAAAGACUCUGCUUGCAAGGUUGUCUAUUUGUGUAGAAACCCUAAGGACACAUUUGUUUCACUCUGGCACUUCACAAACAGAUUGAGACCCGAGGGUAGGGGAACCAAUCCACUUGAAGAAGCAUUGGAAAAGUUCUGCAGGGGAGUGAGUUUGUAUGGACCCUUUUGGGAUCAUGUGUUGGGGUACUGGAAUGAGAGCUUGAAAAGGCCUGAAAGGGUAUUUUUCAUCAAAUAUGAGGAAAUGAAAGAACGACCCGGUUUUCACUUGAGGAGGCUAGCCGAGUUCUUGGGGUGCCCAUUUUUCCCAGAAGAAGAGGCACAGGGAGUGGUGGACAACAUCUUAAGGCUGUGUAGUUUUGAGACUCUCAGCAAUUUGGAUGUGAACAAAAAUGGGAAGUUAUCGUCCGGCGAGGAGCAUAGUGCUUUCUUUCGGCGAGGGGAGGCUGGAGAGUGGAGGAAUCUUUUGACAGCUAAGAUGGCGGAACAGCUAGACCGUAUCACUGAAGAGAAGUUGCAAGGUUCUGGAUUAAAAUUCUAAGUUUGCUUAUGUAAAACACACUUCUUAGAUGUUCGUGUCUGUGUGUGUGUACUCUGACCUUGGUUUGUUCCAAUGUCAGUAUCUUGAAUCUCAUGAAAUAAAAUGUAUGAACAUAUUUUGACCUUGGUUAGUUCCAACGUCAAUAUUUGAAUCUCAUGAAAUAAAAAAUAUUGCCUA